AUGGCUUGUCUUGAAUGCAAGAAAAGGAAACAAAAAUGUGAUGGCCAAAAACCAUGCAGAAGAUGUACGAAGUUGAACGUUAAAUGCAUUUAUGGGACCGACAGAAGAAAAGACAAACGAAAGAUCAAAGAUGGAUCGAACAUGUUUAUAUUUAAAAAUCAAACCCUCUGCAAUGACAAAAUCAAUGGCAUAGUUCCGCAUCCUUUGUCUCAUGAUACGAUAACGACUAAAGAAACCUGGGAGCCAAGUUAUCCCCUCUUCUCGGAUGAUAUCAAUCCUGCUGAUAUUAUCAGCAUGGAAAACACAGAUGGUAGCAUUCCCCUUCAGUUCGAUUUGGACUUUACGAGUCUAGAGAGUUGCGAUGUAAACGACUUCUUGAGGUUAAUCGGUGAUACGUUUCCCGCAAACGAUGCCGACACACUUGAUAUGAACCAAAUGGGAGGCUUCAAUACUCCAUCAAUAUCUCACAAUACACAAGACGAUAAAUCACAAAUCGCGAUACAAAGAAACCGUUUGAUUGACGUUAUUUUUGGAGAUGAUUCUCACACUCCACCAGGAAUCCUCAGAGAGCAUAUUUUCGAGUUGAGCGAACGCCAUGAAGACUUAGAGGCUCUUGAUUUCGACGAUAAUGGAAAAUUCCUUCUAUCAACGGUGCUAUGUCUUGGUGCAUUAACUCUACGGAAGAGAGAACUGCUGAACAGGGAUAGCAAUCAACCAAGUACAAACGGAAUUCCCGAGGUAGCUGCUGGUGCAUACAAAUACUACACUAUUGCGACAGAUCUUAUACCUGCAGUUCAUGCAGCUCCAAAUAUUGAUGGAUUUUGUGGGCUUGUGUUAAUGGCAAAUUUUAUGACCAUUAUGAUACCGUUAGAAGGCCAACUAUAUCUAUCCAACAAUGCUCUCGAAGUCGCUGUUGCUCUCAAUUUUCAUAAACGAGAGAGUUACGACGAGAUGAUCGUAUCUAAUCCAGCUCAACUUGGAGUUUUCCUCCUAUUUUGGAAUUUAUGGUGCUCAUCGUGCAUGUUAGCGACACUCCUGGGAAAGCAGCCUUUUUUAACUUUGGAUAAUAUAUCACUUCCACCACCGCAUCAAAUGCAACAUACAGUCAGCUCAAGCCCGCUGUCAAUAAAUUUCAUGCGACUGAGAAUCCAAUUAGCCACGCUCCAAACGAAGAUUUUCCAACGAUUAUAUGUAUACGGUUCACUGAACAAAGUAUUGUUUCAGGAAAUAGAAACAGAGCUUAGCUUGCUUUCUACUCAAAUAUCCAAUAUGAAGUGCUAUCCUAUAUACGACGAGGGAUUAUUCUACAGAAGUAAAGUACUAAUGUUAGAGCUUUCUUGCCUAAAAGCUCACAACGCAUUUCUUCUAUAUCGGCCAAACCUAAUCCAAAAGAAGUCCUUACAUGCGGUGGACGCAGCAAAGCACAUAAUAUUGGAGAUUUGGAGCCAUUACACCAAGCAAUUUCCCAAGAAUGAGAAAGAUCUGGUUGACCAUUUAGAUUGGAACUUCAGUUAUCCACUACGGACGGCAUCCCUUACCUUAUCUAUUUCAUGCGUGAUACUACAGAAAUAUCAGCAAUCUUUAAAUUUUUUAGAGGAAUACGGCAUAUUUGAAUACAAUUUAGCCCUGGGAGUCCUAAACGACUUGAUUCAAGUGGUCCCGAUCGAGAAAAGACUCAUAAACCUUCUCACAGUAUCUCGUACUACCGUAGAAGAUGCAAAUGAAUCGAACAGGGAAGAUUCUUUGCGAUUCUGGACUAAUAUGCUCAUGUGCUGA